AUGGACGACGAUGAGAAAGACAGGGCAAAGAGGGCUUCACGAAACAAAUCAGAGAAGAAACGAAGGGACCAGUUUAAUGUGCUUAUCAAGGAACUUAGUACCAUGCUGCAGGGCUCCACACACAAGAUGGACAAGUCGACUGUGCUACAAAGGACAAUUGAUUUUUUACAGAAACAAAAAGAACUCUCAGCCCAAACGGACGCUUGCGAGAUCAGGCAGGAUUGGAAGCCUUCAUUUCUUAGUAAUGAAGAGUUCACACAGUUGAUGUUGGAGGCUUUAGAUGGGUUUCUUAUUGCACUUACCGCUGACGGAAACAUCAUUUAUAUCUCCGACAGUGUUUCUUCAUUGCUCGGGCAUUUACCGUCAGAUCUAGUGGACCAAAAUAUAUUGAAUUUCCUCCCAGAACAAGAGCAUGCAGAAGUAUACAAGCUGCUGUCGAAUCAGAUGCUAAUGACAGACCCGGUUACUCGUGACUAUCUGAACAAUCAAAAUCACGUUGAGUUUUGUUGUCAUUUAUCAAGAGGAUCGUUAGAUCCCAAGGAACCUCCUAUAUAUGAAUAUGUAAAAUUUGUAGGAAGCUUUAGAUUUCACAAUAUUGUGCCUAUGACUUCUUGCAAUGGCUUUGAAUCAGCCAUAUCAAGGUCAUUUCGAUCUGCAGCAAAGGAGCAAGUCUGCCUUGUGGCUACUGGGCGCCUUGUCAUCCCCCAAUUUUUAAAGGAACUGUGCAAUGUUGAGGAAUCAUGUGAAGAAUUUACAUCACGGCAUAGUUUAGAGUGGAAAUUCCUAUUCCUGGACCACAGGGCCCCUCCUAUUAUAGGUUACUUACCAUUCGAAGUGCUAGGAACAUCUGGCUAUGAUUACUACCACGUUGAUGAUCUGGAGCUUCUAGCAAGAUGCCAUGAACACUUGAUGCAGUUCGGGAAGGGCAAGUCUUGUUACUACCGCUUCUUGACCAAAGGACAGCGAUGGAUUUGGCUCCAGACUCAUUACUACAUCACCUAUCACCAGUGGAAUUCCAAGCCAGAGUUUAUUGUCUGCAUGCACACAGUGGUGAGCUAUGUGGAAGUCAGAUCAGAAAGGCGAAGGGAACAGGGCCUUGAGGAAUCUUCUCCUGAAAUCCUACCCCUACCAGCCCUGAAGACUCAAAACUGCAGCCAAUGUGAAAAUGCCCAGGACAUUGCCGUUGAGAGACUAAGUGGCAGUCGACCAUGUUCAGUGUCAUCUCCAAGUUCACUCAAGUCCUCUCUCACCGGCCUGUCAGACACUCCAUCAACACAAUCCAAAGUACGUACAGAAGCAAGCACACCUUCCAGACAAUCAGUAAAUACAAGUUUGCAGGACAAGUCAGCUCAGAGAUCGCAGCAAGGUGGCACUCAGGCCCUGAUGGCAAUGCCACCAUCACCGGAUGCACAUCAACAGCAGCCAGCUGUGAUCUCGACUCAACAUGCUCCCUCACAGCCCAUGUACCAGUGUCCUGCACAACUGGGAGUGAUGCACCAGCUGAAGGAGCAACUGGAGGAGAGGACUCGCAUCCUCCAGGCAAACAUCAAGACACAGCAGGAGGAGCUGCAUCACAUCAAGGAACAGUUGCAGUUUGUGCAUGACUCGAAUCUUCAGAUGAUGCUUCAACAGCCCAAUUCACUUGCGUUUAAUACAUUGGACCAUCAAGAUCAAGGACAGCAACAGCAGCAGCAACCAGGGAAUGUCAUGCAAAGCUCCUGCCUAUCCAGCAAACAGAUGCAAGCUCUUGUGGACUCUGAGUUACUCAGCCAGCAAUUGUCCUCUUCUCAACAUGUCCUCAGAGAACCGAAUGUGAAAUCAGUGCCGGUUCAGCAGCAGUUCGUGAAAGGAAGUCAACUGCAACAAGCCAGUUUGCAAAUUCACUCACAUACCAGUCGGGUCACGCCACUCUUCGGUAACUCCAUGAUGUUUGCCCAGACUCCAACAGUGCCCUGCCCUAUUCCACUACCAUCUGACGUUAGUCAGAGCCACUCAACUCCAGAAUAUGGGCACGACCGACAACUCAGAUUAUUUUUUAAUCAACCCAUUCAUCCCAUAAUGCCAAACAACAGUGGGACAGAACAGCCAUCUCAGAAUAACACAGCAAGAGAACAAGCCAAAUUUAUCCAAGAUCAGCAGAUGUUGACGGCACUAGCAAUGCAGCCAACCAGCUCUAGUGCAAUCAUCGUCCCUUCUCCAAGUUCCAUGGCCAUCCAGCAUCCAGGUUUCUCCUCACACCAGCAAGCCUCUGUUCAACAGCAACACAGCCAUCAUCCCCUGCAGCUUCAGCAGCAACAUCAAUAUCUUCAGCAAGUGCCACUGAGUGGAAUGAUGCAAGGUGACCAAUCGCAGCUUCUUUUCCUGGGAUCAGCACCACAGGUGAACUUGGGCUACCUCUCUCAACACCAAACCCGCGGGACACAGAGCAACACCAGCGGCCUCUCAGACCUCCCCAACAUCCAGUUACCGCGGUAA